AUCGAUUUGUACGAUCAGUCAAACGUUAAACUUAACUUGCUAACACUAAUGUUGCAUCUUAUCAGGAGUGUUAUCCCUGUGGUUUUGGCGGUUCGCUAACAUUACCUGCAGACGGCAUGUAGGCUAACAACUCUUCAGCAUGUUACUCAGUCACAGCCGGUAGCUAACGUUAGCCGGCAGAAACCUUGCACAGCUUAACCUUGCUAUCCAUAGAUGUAGCUACCGCUAGGUAGCUUGCUAGUUAGCUCUUCGAAGCCACUGCUUCGGCAAGCAAUCGCGUCACUGUGGGCCGCAAGAUAGUGCGUUUGAGAAGGAAAACGAAUUUGUGCAUGCACAGGCAUCAGAAGUUGCGGCGGUGAAGUGUCGUGUCAUGGGCCAUGAAGAUGUUGCCAAGUUCCAAUGCACAUGUUCUCUAACAGCAUGUAUGAUGAACGGAUGAACUGAAGGUCACCUUCAGCGGAGCUUAACAAUUUAAAGCACAAUGGGGGGAUGGUGUUUAUGUAAAUAGGGUGUCAGGAGAGUUUCUGUUCAUACGAAGACGUUAAAUAGACACGUUAGUAUUUGUAAACAUGCACGAAUCAUCUCCUAGCAUGCUAGUCCUAUCGAAGUCAUAAAUAUCCCCGUGUGCAUGAGUAUUCGUUUUUCAGACUCCCCUCCGGACUUGAACCAGGGUGGUUGUCUAUCCCGCGACCGGGAAGCGGAAGUCCUCUAUGUGGAAAGUCAUGGUGCAUGUACAGUGAUAGAAGGUUACACUUGUUCUGUAGACGGAAUUCUGUAGGCGCACAGUGCCGACACAGCAAUGAUGAACGGCAAUGGGGACCAUGACCACAGCGAAGAGACCGACUCCAAGCAAGAGGGCAGCGGUGCCGACGCAGACCCCGGCGAGGAUGCCAACGAGCAGGAGGUGAUCGUGAUCCAGGACACCGGCUUCACUGUCAAGAUCCAGGCCCCAGGCACUGAGCCAUUUGACCUACAGGUUUCGCCUCAGGAGAUGGUGCAGGAGAUCCACCAGGUCCUCAUGGACCGGGAGGACACCUGCCAUCGUACCUGCUUCUCCUUGCAGCUGGACGGGAACGUGCUGGACAACUUUGCUGAACUCAAGUCCAUCGAGGGACUACAGGAAGGCUCUUUUCUCAAAGUGGUAGAAGAGCCCUACACAGUACGUGAAGCUCGUAUACAUGUACGCCACAUCAGAGACCUGCUGAAGAGCAUGGACCCCUCAGAUGCCUACAACGGGGUGGACUGUAACUCGCUCUCCUUUCUAAGUGUCUUCACAGAUGGGGAUCUGGGAGAUAGUGGAAAGAGAAAGAAGAAAGGCAGCGAACUGGAACAGAUCGACUGCACCCCUCCUGAGCACAUUCUCCCUGGCAGCAAAGAGCGCCCCCUAGUCCCACUCCAGCCACAGAACAAAGACUGGAAGCCACUGCAGUGCCUGAAGGUUCUCACCAUGAGUGGCUGGAAUCCGCCACCAGGCAACAGAAAGAUGCACGGAGACCUGAUGUACCUGUAUAUAGUUACUGCUGAGGAGAGACACGUCAGCAUCACAGCGUCCACCCGUGGAUUCUACCUCAACCAGUCCACCACCUACUCGUUCAACCCUAAGCCAGCCAACCCCAGCUUCCUGAGCCACUCCCUGGUGGAGCUGCUGAGCCAGAUCAGCCCGGCCUUCAAGAAGAACUUCACCGCCCUCCAGAAGAAGAGGGUCCAGAGACAUCCGUUUGAGAGAAUAGCCACGCCUUUCCAGGUGUACAGCUGGACCGCUCCUCAGAUUGACCACGCUAUGGACUGUGUGAGAGCAGAAGAUGCGUACACAUCUCGUUUGGGUUAUGAAGAGCACAUACCUGGUCAGACUCGGGACUGGAACGAGGAGCUUCAGACGACCAGAGAACUGCCCCGCAAGAACCUUCCAGAACGACUGCUGAGAGAGCGCGCCAUAUUUAAGGUCCACAGUGACUUUGCGGCAGCGGCCACCCGCGGCGCCAUGGCCGUGAUCGACGGCAACGUGAUGGCCAUCAACCCCGGCGAGGAGACGCGCAUGCAGAUGUUCAUCUGGAACAACAUCUUCUUCAGCCUGGGCUUCGACGUGCGCGACCACUACCGCGAGCUGGGCGGCGACGCGGCGGCCCACGCCGCGCCCACCAACGACCUGAACGGCGUGCGCGCCUACGGCGCCGUGGACGUGGAGGGCCUGUACACGCUGGGCACGGUGGUGGUGGACUACCGCGGCUACCGCGUCACGGCGCAGUCCAUCAUCCCCGGCAUCCUGGAGCGCGAGCAGGAGCAGAGCGUCAUCUACGGCUCCAUCGACUUCGGCAAGACGGUGGUGUCGCACCCCAAGUACCUGGAGCUGCUGGAGAAGACCAGCAGGCCGCUCAAGGUGCAGCGGCACCCCGUGCUCAACGAGAAAGAGGCGCCCGUCGAGCUGUGCUCGUCCGUCGAGUGCAAGGGCAUCAUCGGCAACGACGGACGCCACUACAUCCUGGACCUGCUGCGCACCUUCCCGCCCGACCUCAACUUCCUGCCGGUGGACGGCGAGGAGCUGCCCCCUGAGUGUCAGCGCCUGGCCUACCCACGGCAGCACCGCCACCGCCUGGCCUGCCUCCGACAGGAGCUCAUCGAGGCCUUCGUCGAGCACAGGUACCUCCUCUUCAUGAAGAUGGCAGCACUGCAGCUCAUGCAGCAGAAAGCCAACAAGGAGAACAAGGCCGCUGCCUUGACCGACGGCAGCAACGCAGAGCCCGAGGCCUCCCCCGCAGAUGGCCCUCAGUCCGCUCCCGCCUCCGAAGACCCCGCGCCCGCCUCUGACGCACCCACCGAACCUGCAACGACCCCUUCCGAGGCCAGCCAGACCCCCGAGUCCCAGCCAGCAGAAGCAGAAACGACCGCAACAGUAACAACAACAACAACAACAACAACAACAACAACAACAACAACAACAACAGCAGCAGCAGCCGAAGCCACAGUGCCGGCCGAGGCUCUGGCCGUGACCACCAACGGCACCCCUGAGCCCGAGGGCCCAGACGGCCAGGGCCGAGAGUGUGAGAGCCCUCUGGAGGGUAAGGAGGCUGAGGAAAGUAUCCCGGGCUUAGCCCAGGCCAAAGAGCUGGCAGAGUCCUUAGCAGCGGAAGACGGAUCCAGUAUUGACCCCAAAAGCCGCGAGGUCGUUCUCAACGCCUGCAAAGCCGUGGGCUCCAUCAGCGACACGUCAUUCGACAUCCGCUUCAACCCGGACAUCUUCUCCCCAGGCGUGCGUUUCCCUGAGAGCAGUGCCGAUGCCAUCCAGAAACAGAAGCAGCUGCUGAAGGAUGCGGCAGCGUUCCUGGUGUCCUGCCAGAUCCCCUCGCUGGUUAAAGACUGUUUAGACCACAGUGCUCUGCCUAUGGACGGAACCACACUGACCGAAGCUCUUCACCAGCGUGGCAUUAAUGUGCGCUACCUCGGCACCGUGCUGGACUUUGUGGACAAGACUCCUGCAAAAACACAACUCGAGUACUUCUAUAGAAUAGGAGUAAGUGAGUUGGUUACCAGGUGUGCAAAACAUAUCUUCAAAACAUACCUCCAGGGUGUGGAGCUCUCGGCUCUGUCCGCGGCUGUGAGCCACUUCCUCAACUGCUUCCUGAGCUCCUUCCCUGACGCCGUGGCCCAUCUGCCGGCCGACGAGCUGGUGUCCCGCCGGAAGAACCGCAAGCGUCGCAACCGAGUCCCAGGCGGAGGAGACAACACCGCCUGGGCCAGCCUCACGCCCGUGGAGCUGUGGAAGAACAUCGUCUCCGAAGCACAAACCUACUACCACUUCACACUGCAUUGUGAGAGUGUCGACCAGGCAGUGGAGAAGUACGGCCUCCAGAAGUCCACGCUGUUACGAGAGAUCUCCGUCAAAACGGGCAUCCAGAUCCUGAUUAAGGAGUACAACUUCGACAGCCGCCACAAGCCAGCCUUCACCGAGGAGGACAUCCUGAACAUCUUCCCUGUAGUCAAACACGUCAACCCUAAAGCCUCCGACGCCUUCCACUUCUUCCAGAGUGGACAGGCUAAGGUGCAACAAGGGUUCCUUAAAGAGGGCUGUGAGCUCAUCAACGAGGCCUUAAACCUCUUCAACAACGUGUACGGAGCCAUGCACGUGGAGAUUUGUGCCUGUCUGCGCCUGCUGGCUCGGCUCAACUACAUCAUGGGGGAUCACCCAGAGGCACUUAACAACCAACAGAAGGCUGUCUUGAUGAGUGAGAGAGUGCUUGGCAUUGAGCACCCUAACACAAUUCAAGAAUAUAUGCACUUGGCUCUUUACUGCUUUGCCAACGGCCAGCUGUCCACUGCCCUGAAGCUGCUGUAUCGUGCCCGCUACCUCAUGCUGGUGGUGUGUGGGGAGGACCAUCCCGAGAUGGCUCUGUUAGAUAGCAAUAUUGGCCUGGUGCUGCAUGGUGUAAUGGAGUAUGACUUGUCGCUGCGUUUCCUGGAGAACGCCUUGGCAAUUAACUCUAAAUACCACGGUCUCCGCUCCCUAAAAGUGGCACUCAGUCACCACCUUGUGGCGAGAGUAUACGAGAGUAAGGCGGAAUUCCGUUCUGCACUGCAGCAUGAGAAAGAGGGCUACACCAUAUAUAAGAACCAGGUGGGAGAAGCCCAUGAAAAGACGAAGGAGAGCUCCGAGUAUCUGAAGUACCUUACCCAACAAGCCGUGGCCCUCCAGAGAACCAUGAACGAGAUCUACAAGAAUGGUUCCAAUGCCAGUAUCAUGCCACUCAAAUUCACAGCUCCAAGUAUGGCCAGUGUGCUUGAGCAGCUGAACAUUAUCAAUGGCAUCAUCUUUAUUCCUCUGAGCCAAAAGGACCUGGAGAACCUAAAGGCCGAGGUCCAGAGGAGGCAGAUGCUUCAGGAGGCUAGCAAGAGCGAGGAGCCGUCGGAGGAAACUCCCAUGGAGCCAGAGGACCUGCCCGUGGACGAUUAACACCUCUCACCCCCUCCCGAAACGCACCCCCUCCACUGCCAGGGGCAGCCACGAUGCAACAGCCAUCUGCUUGAACCUAUGGACCUGAGAACUAAAGCUGUGUAAUUUAAACCAAGAGAAUGAGUGAUGGGAAGGGAGAAGGGGGAUUGGGGCCAGGGCAGGAAGUCAGGAAGCGUGUUGUCGUUUUUAUUCUUUUUUUUUUUUUUGUGCGAUGGGUAGGAGAAAAGGAGUGUGA